AUGGUUGAAAAGUGCGCAAAAUGCAAAAACGACAUCACCGGGCCUGUGGUGACGGCGAUGGACAAGAAAUGGCACAACGACUGCUUCGUCUGCGGUGGCUGCAAGUCCAAGUUGGCCGGAAAAACCUUCCACAACAAAGACGGGACACCCUACUGCAUUGAAUGCCGGAAAGAGAAAUUCGACCCCACGUGUGCUAUUGUGGAUGGUGAAGUGAAUGUCUGGAAGUAA